UUAGGGGACAGGGGAGUAGUCCAUAGGCGGUAUAGGGAUAGUGUGCUCCAUCCUAGACCUGGAGUAGGGGGAUAGGAGACCAUAGGAGGUAGGAGAGGAGUGAUAACCCCAUGGUGGAUCUGCUGUGAGGAGGACUGAGGACAGGAAGGACCCGGGAGGAUGUCAUCAGCCGGAGGAGAGUCAGCCAGCUCGGAGCUCCAAGCAGGUGUCAAAACCAGCACUCUGAGACGGGAGUCCAGGAGGACUAAAGGUCAGGACCGCAGUGAGGCGGGGCUGAUUAAGCGUUUCCGUGGUGAUGGCGUGCGCUACAAGGCCAAGCUGAUUGGGAUUGAUGAGGUGACAGCGGCGCGUGGGGACAAGCUGUGCCAGGACUCCAUGAUGAAGCUCAAGGGAAUGGCUACGUCGGCGCGUUCCAAAGGAGAGCACAAGCAGAGAGUCUUCCUGACCAUCUCCUUCGGGGGGAUCAAGAUUUACCACGAGAGAUCAGGGGUUCUGCUGCAUCACCACUCGGUGCAUGAGAUCUCCUAUAUCGCCAAGGAUACCCGGGACCACCGGGCCUUCGGCUACGUCUGCGGGAAGGAGGGACACCACCGGUUCGUGGCCAUCAAGUCCGGCCAGUCGGCAGAGCCCCUGAUCGUUGACCUGCGUGACCUCUUCACACUCAUCUACGACAUCAAGCAGCGCGAGGAGAUGGAGAAGAAGGCCCAGAAGGACAAGCAGUGUGAGCAGGCCGUCUACCAGACCAUUCUGGAGGACGAGGUGGACGAUCCAGUUUACCAGUACAUUGUGUUUGAGGCUGGACAUGAGCCCCUCCGUGGCCACCAAUCAGAGGAGAGCGUUUACCAGGUCCCUACCGCUACCAGUCAGCAGAAGGGAGAAGGGAUCUAUGACGUCCCAAAACGCCAUUUCAUGACUAACAUCAACCACUUUGAUCUGUUCGGAGAUAUGUCAACUCCACCCUCGAUUCCCCCGUCCCCGGCCAACACUCUGGACCCCAGCAGGAGCCACCGCCAGCCCCAGCACCCCCCAGAGAUGUUCACCGGCCCCUUCAGCCCCACCUCUGUCCCAUCAGGGUACAUGACCAUGGGGCCAGUCCAGGCAGCCCAGUGGGCCCAGCAGGGUCCCUUCGCUGGCCAGGCCCAGACCCUGGCCUUUGGAGUGCAAGGGCCCCUCCAGGUGACCCAGGUCCUCCCUGGGGGCCAGCCCGUCAUCUGGAGCCAGGCCAACAUCUUCCCUGCCAACCAACAGCAGUGGGCUGCCAUGGCUGCCUACAUGCCUGCCCAGGCUGUGGGUGUGGGGGGUCACCACCUUCCCAUGAUGGUGCCCAUCACCACCGUGUGCCCUGGCCCCCAGGGGCCCCACGGUGACCUCUCCUCCACCCCUUCCUCGGCCAUCGCCAGCCCACUGCAUCAGACGAUGGACCCCGUUCUGCUCCAGCAGCAGCAUAGCAUCGGUGGGGACUCUGACGCAGGCGAAGGCCCCUCUUCGCUGGGCCUUGUCAUGGUGGGCAGCAGGUGUGGCACACCCAGGCCGAUGAGCCCUACUUCAAUGGGUCUUGGUGCCAUGAGCAGGUGUGAGACGCCCGUUGGCCUUGUCAUGAUGACGAGGUGUGAGACGCCCGGUCUAGUGAACGUGCCCCCUGACACCCUGGUCUGUAGCCAGCUGGGCCUGGAGUCAUCAUCUGCCGCAACCCAGGAAGAGGAAGGCAGCUGUAGUGACCUUGACCUCUCUCGGAUGACCUUGAGUCCAGGCACGUCCACCUCGCCCUCCACUGACUCAGCGUCCACCCCAGCCCCCCAACCUGGCUCGUCCUCAGACUCCGCCCUGUCCCAAGCUAGUGAUCCCCCCACAGACCACUCCCACAUCGAAACAGAGGCCACACACCCCAGCACCAGGGAGGAUGACUCGGGCUCAUGCAACCGGGCUCGGUCACCCUGUCCUUCCAGUAAUGCUCCAUCUGACUGUCCACAGGCCCAGACCUGUCCGCAGGAAGACAGCCACUGUUGUCUCGUCAGGUCUGUGCGUCCGUCUUAUAGGAGAUUUUUCAGAUCCACCACAACUACCAUGCUCUCUGUGUCCUUGUUGAAGCCUACCGUUGGCCUAGGCUACGGCCUUCUCUGUGCUGCAUUGUGCUUGCUCCUACUCCGUGAUGUUGCCAUAGCCGGCAGUGGCGAGGAGCCCAGUGGCGUCCGUGAGGCUCGGUCUCUGGGGACUCAGGUCGCCGUGCAGCCGGUGGACUGUGUACAAUCAGAGUGGUCCUCCUGGACGCGCUGCGAUGUCUGCAGGAAGAAGAGGUAUCGUUAUGCUAAGCUUGUCCAGCCAUCUCAGUUUGGCGGGGAGCCCUGUCAUGUCCAGGGCAAAGAGGUGGAGCCCUGUAGCAGUCCAUCUCGCUACGACUGUACACAUGAUGAACCACCUCUGUGUGAAGGCUUCCUCUGCACUUACACAGGGCGCUGUGUGCCUAUAGACCUGCGCUGUAAUGGGGAUGAUGACUGUGGGGACUGGUCAGAUGAGAAGGGCUGUCAGAAGGUGAACAAGGCUUGCAAGCAAGAGGCACAGGAGUACCAUGGCAUCGAGAACCUGUCCAAAGGAAUCAACAUACUGAACAGUAAUUUAGAGGGAGUGGUCAUUGACAACAGAUACUACGCAGGCAGUUGCUUGCCUCACUACAUCCAGGAUGUCAGGUUCAGGAAGCCUUAUAACCUGCAGCAGUACACACUGGAGACCAAAGGCACAUACGACUUCAAGCUGCAGUCUUUCGAGUCAUACUCUGAGUUUGUCGAUUACACCAUGACGGAGCGCUCUUCCAAGACCACGGUGUCCAUUGGCUUUGCCGUGCCGGGCGUGGCCGAGUUCGGCUUCAACUACGCUGACUCCAAAUACUCCAAGUCAGAGAAGAAAAUACGCCGCGCCUCUAGGAAGGAAAACAGCUUUGUCCAGGCCAAGGCAGAGCUGCAACUGGCCCGAUACAUCCUGAAGUCAGAGGAUCUGAUGCUGCACCCGGAGUUCUUCCUGCGUCUUCGUGCCUUGCCCCAGUCCUACAACUACGGAGAGUACAGACAGAUCUACAGAGACUAUGGCACCCAUUACAUCACAGAGGCUACCCUGGGAGGAGACUACGAGUACACGGUCAUCCUGGACAAGGAGAAGCUGGAGAAGACAGAUUAUUCUCUGGAAGCCUACAAGAACUGUGUGCAGAUAGGUCUGAAGGUGGGGGCAAACAUCAAGGGAGUGUAUGUGACUGUGGGAGUCGAGGGAGGUGGUUGUGAUGGUCUGCUCAAUGAAAUGGGAGAGGACACAGUGAAAGGCAGCAUGGUGGAGGACUUUGUCGCGGUGGUUCGGGGGGGUGACAGUGAGUCCAUCACCUGGCUGGCUGCCAAGAAGCUGCCCACGCCACAACUGAUGAGACUGUGGGGAGAAGCGGUGCAUUACAACCCUGACUUCAUCCGCAGCGUGACGCGGCCGCUAUAUGAGCUGGUGACCGCCAGAGACUUCUCCAGCGCUAACUCGCUGAAGAAGAACCUGAGGAGAGCCCUGGCUGAAUACCUGGAGGAGAGCAGCUCUUGCCGCUGUGCCCCCUGCCACAACAACGGACUGGCUGUUCUCAAAGGCACCAGGUGUGAGUGUUUGUGUCCAUCUGGCUACAGUGGACUGGGUUGUGAGAUCACCCAAAGACCAGAUAUAGGCAUAGACGGCAGCUGGAGCUGCUGGGGUUCGUGGUCACCCUGCGCGGAGCGGUCUAAGACUCGGAGCCGCCAGUGUAACAACCCUGCACCUAGCAGCGGAGGCAUAGCCUGCAGAGGACUCCAGAUGGAAACUACUGAUUGUUUCUGAUAUUGUCCCGGACUCUUGAUUGAAAUAAAGAUAAUUCAUGUCACCCUUGGAAA